AUCUUUCCAUUCUUUAUUUACUUUCGUUUGAUUUCUCAUUUUGUUUUUAUAUAUUUGCCACCAAUUCUAGUUUGAACAUUUCCACAAGACACAUAAUUUCGUAGGCAAAUAAGAGUGCUGUUACAAUCACCUGAAUAAGUCUAAUGUUGAAGAAGAAGACUUGGCCAUCUUAAUUGACCAAUACUUUGCUCUUAUGUCAAUCUUUACCCACCAAGAACCUAUGAAAAAUGAAUAGCCUCCUCUGAUUCAGAACAAACAUCCCCAAAAAACAUGAGGUUUUUGUCUUUCUUGAUCUUCGUUUUCGCAGUUCUUGGAUUGGUUCAAGCUCAAGACCAAUCAGGAUUCAUAAGCUUAGAUUGUGGUUUGGUGCCUACGGAAAUUACUUAUGUGGAAAAGUCGACGAAUAUAACAUACAGAUCAGACGCAACUUACAUCGACAGUGGAGUUCCCGGGAAGAUCAAUGAAGUGUACAGAACACAGUUUCAGCAACAAAUUUGGGCCUUGAGAAGCUUCCCUGAGGGUCAAAGAAAUUGUUACAACUUCAGUCUCACCGCAAAACGUAAGUAUCUAAUCAGAGGAACCUUUAUCUAUGGGAAUUAUGACGGUUUGAAUCAACUCCCGAGCUUUGAUCUUUACAUCGGUCCAAACAAAUGGACCUCUGUUUCGAUCCCCGGAGUGAGAAAUGGUUCAGUCUCCGAGAUGAUCCAUGUCUUAAGACAAGACCAUCUUCAAAUUUGUCUUGUGAAAACAGGAGAAACUACACCGUUUAUUUCUUCAUUGGAACUUCGUCCUUUGAACAAUAAUACAUACGUCACAAAAAGUGGAUCGCUUAUUGUGGUCGCAAGACUUUACUUUUCACCCACUCCACCAUUUCUCAGGUAUGAUGAGGACGUCCAUGACCGAAUUUGGAUUCCAUUCUUAGAUAACAAAAAUUCCUUGUUAAGCACGGAACUCUCUGUUGAUACAAGUAACUUCUACAAUGUGCCUCAAACUGUAGCGAAAACUGCUGCUGUCCCUUUAAAUGCUACUCAGCCUCUGAAAAUAAAUUGGAGUCUCGACGACAUCACUUCACAGUCAUAUAUAUACAUGCAUUUCGCUGAAAUCGAGAAUCUUGAAGCUAAUGAGACCAGAGAAUUCAAUAUUACUUACAAUGGUGGCGAAAAUUGGUUCUCCUAUUUUAGACCUCCAAAGUUUCGUAUAACAACUGUAUACAAUCCAGCAGCUGUGAGUUCUCUAGAUGGGAAUUUCAACUUCACUUUCUCGAUGACCGGUAACUCUACUCAUCCUCCUCUUAUCAACGGCCUUGAGAUUUAUCAAGUUCUAGAGCUUCCACAGCUUGAUACAUACCAAGAUGAAGUUUCCGCUAUGAUGAAUAUCAAGACAAUAUAUGGAUUGAGCAAAAGGUCUAGCUGGCAAGGAGAUCCAUGUGCUCCUGAGUUAUAUAGAUGGGAAGGUUUAAACUGUAGUUAUCCAAACUUUGCGCCACCGCAGAUCAUAUCCUUGAACUUGAGUGGAAGCAAUUUGAGUGGUACCAUAACAUCUGAUAUAUCCAAGCUAACACAUUUGAGAGAACUAGAUUUAUCAAACAAUGACUUAUCAGGAGAUAUUCCAUUUGUUUUUUCUGAUAUGAAGAAUUUGACACUCAUAAACUUGAGUGGAAACAAGAAUCUAAAUCGCUCAGUUCCAGAGACUCUUCAGAAGAGGAUAGAUAACAAAUCUUUAACACUAAUUAGAGAUGAAACCGGAAAAAAUAGUACAAAUGUAGUUGCUAUCGCAGCAUCAGUGGCUAGCGUGUUUGCUGUGCUAGUUAUCUUGGCUAUCGUUUUUGUCGUCAUAAGGAAAAAACAGAGAACUAAUGAAGCUUCAGGACCCCGAUCAUUCACUACUGGCACGGUUAAGAGUGAUGCAAGAUCAUCGAGUUCAUCAAUCAUAACAAAGGAACGCAAGUUCACUUAUUCGGAGGUACUAAAGAUGACUAAAAACUUUGAGAGAGUUCUUGGUAAAGGAGGGUUUGGAACAGUGUAUCAUGGUAACUUGGAUGAUACUCAAGUAGCUGUGAAAAUGCUUUCUCAUUCAUCAGCUCAAGGUUAUAAAGAGUUCAAAGCAGAGGUUGAACUUCUUUUAAGAGUUCAUCACAGACAUUUGGUGGGACUUGUUGGUUACUGUGAUGAUGGAGACAACUUAGCUCUGAUCUAUGAAUAUAUGGAAAAAGGAGACCUGAGGGAAAAUAUGUCAGGUAAGCACUUUAAUUUAGUUGAAUCCAUCUCCUUAGACAGUUUGAAACAUUCAAAGCCUGGUACAGGAAAACACAGUGUCAAUGUCCUAAGCUGGGAAACAAGAAUGCAAAUAGCUGUAGAGGCAGCACAAGGAUUGGAGUAUUUGCAUAACGGAUGUAGGCCUCCUAUGGUACAUAGAGAUGUGAAACCAACCAACAUUUUAUUAAAUGAGCGGUCUCAAGCAAAACUAGCCGACUUUGGGCUAUCGAGAUCUUUUCCUGUUGAUGGUGAAUCUCAUGUCAUGACAGUCGUUGCAGGAACACCUGGUUACUUAGAUCCUGAGUAUUACAGAACAAACUGGCUAAGCGAGAAGAGUGAUGUGUACAGCUUUGGUGUAGUGCUUUUAGAGAUAGUCACAAACCAGCCUGUGAUGAAUAAAAACCGAGAGAGACCUCAUAUCAAUGAAUGGGUUAUGUUCAUGCUUACCAAUGGGGAUAUCAAGAGUAUUGUCGACCCGAAACUGAAUGAAGACUAUGACACAAACGGUGUGUGGAAGGUUGUAGAGUUGGCUUUAGCUUGUGUAAACCCGUCUUCAAGCCGUAGACCGACAAUGCCACACGUGGUGAUGGAGCUAAACGAAUGUCUUGCUUUGGAAAUAGAAAGGAAACAAGGUAGUCAAGCGACGUACAUAAAGGAAUCUGUUGAGUUUAGUCCAUCUUCUGCUUCUGAUUUUUCCCCUUUAGCUAGGUAAAAGUCUUUGUGUUAUCAAGCUUUGUUGUUUAUUAUAAUCGAUUGUUCAUAUUGAAAUGUUUAAGAUAGUUCUGUGAAUUUUCUUCAAAAUGUAUUAGCCUUUAUUAUGUGUAACAUUCUUGGAUUCCAAGAAAUUUAUAUCUUUAAUAUUAGUUUAUGUAUGAGUCAUC